AUGUCGACUGAAGCUGCACCAGAGAAGUCAGGCCAAGGAAACACGGUUAAUGGGAAGUCCGGCCACGAGUCCAGAAAGGAGCGGUCAUCAAAACGUGGAGGCGGCAGAUUCGAGCCCUAUGGAAACCCUUCCAAGAGAUACCGUGUUUUUGUGAGCAACAUUCCCUAUGAUGUCAAAUGGCAGGCACUGAAAGACCUCAUGAAGGACAAAGUGGGUGAGGUAACGUACGUGGAACACUUAAUGGACGCGGAAGGCAAAUCAAGGGGUUGUGCGGUGGUUGAGUUCCGAACCGAAGAACUAAUGAAAAAGGCUGUGGAGAAGGUCAACAAACACGUAAUGAAUGGCCGUCCCCUGAAAGUGAAAGAGGACCCAGAUGGAGUGAUUGCCCAGCGUGAAGCCCAUAGGGCUCAAGGUGGUGGUGGUGGAGGACCUCCCGGUGGCAUGGGUGGUGGAAUGGGUAUGGGACCUGGGCCUGGUGGUCCCCCUAUGGUAAACAUCCCUCCAAGUCUCAUGAACAAUCCAAAUAUUCCCACUGAAAUCAUCCACGGCCUCCAGGCUGGCAAGAUUGGAAGCACUGUCUUUGUGGCAAAUCUUGAUUAUAAAGUGGGCUGGAAGAAGCUGAAAGAGGUGUUCAGCAUGGCUGGGGUGGUGGUCCGUGCUGAUAUCCUCGAGGACAAGGAUGGCAAGAGCAGGGGCAUGGGGACGGUCACCUUUGAGAUGCCCCUUGAAGCAGUGCAAGCAGUCUCUAUGUUCAAUGGACAGCUCCUGUUCAAUCGAACAAUGCACGUUAAGCUGGAUGAGAAGUCCUUGCCAAAGGGUGACUUUGCACCACCUGAGAGACCACCUGCACUGCCUCGUGGUCUGAGUGGAAUAGGUCUGGGACUAGGACCUGGUGGGCAACCCAUCGAUGCUGCCCAGCUGAACAGAGGUGGUGGGAUGGGCAGUAUGGGGCCUGGAGGAAUGGAUGGAAUGGGAUUUGGUGGCAUGAGUAGAAUGGGAGGCAUGGAUAAUUUUGGAGGUGGAAUGAACAACAUGGAUCGGUUUGGGCCUUCUGGAAUGGCACGAAUGAAUGAUAUGGAUCGUGGAAUUGGAGCUGCCUUUGACAGAGAAUUUGGUGGCCGUAAUGAGAUGGGCAUGUCCCGCAACAACUUUGGAGACUCCUUUGACAGAGGAAUGGGUAGCAGUUUGGCUAUGGAUCGUAUGAGCUCUGGCAUGGACAGGCUUGGCGCCACCAUGGAUCGCAUGGCUGGCCUGGACCGAAUGGGGAUGGACCGGAUGGACAGAGUCUCUGAUCUGGACAGGCUGGGUUCCGGCUUUGACCGUAUGGGCUCAGGCUUGGACCGGCUGGGGCCCAGUAUGGACAGGCUGGGAUCUGGCCUGGACCGUAUGAGCUCCAGCAUGGACCGCCUGGGUCCUGCUGGCUUUGACCGGCUCGGUCCCUCCAGCCUUGAGCGCAUGAGUGCAGGCAUGGAUUUCGCCUCUCCCAUGGGCAUGGACAGAAUGAACGCCAGCCUUGACCGCAUGGGCUCCAACUUUGACCGCAUGGGCUCUGGUGGGCUCGACCGCUUCCCUGCCCCAGGCAUGGACCGCAUGGGCUCCAGUCUGGACCGCAUGGGUUCUGGUGGUGUGGGAGGACAGUUUGACAGAGGUGCAGAUAUGGAUCGUGGUAACUUUGGCAGCUUUGGUUCAGCAGGACAGGGAGGGCCGGGAGCUGGAGCCAAUGCCAGGAAAGGCUGUCAGAUCUUUGUUAGAAACCUGCCGUUUGAUUUUACUUGGAAGAUGCUGAAGGAUGCCUUCAAUUCAUGUGGCAUUGUACAGUAUGCCGACAUCAAGAUGGAGAAUGGCAAGUCCAAGGGCUGCGGCGUGGUUCGCUUCGACAGUCCUGAGACAGCAGAGCGGGCUUGCCGCACCAUGAACGGAUAUCGGCUGAACGGCAGGGAGAUCGAUGUGAGGAUCGACAGAAACGCAUAAUCCUCCAGUGAUACCGUCCCAGAUCUGCUUCCUCCAGCUUUUGAAGAUUUUGUUCUUCACAUUUGUACUAGUGCAAAAAUGUUGUUUUAGUUUUUGCCUGCUUAAAAUCUUUUUUUAGAGACCAAAUUUUUAUUUUUUCUUUCUUACCCUCCCCACUUUUAUUGUUAUGCUUUUCAGUAAUGGCCUUUGUUAAAGGCUUAUCAAUAAAUCUGAAAUGUAGAGACAAUAUUGCACAGUUUUCCAGUUUUGGUGUUUUUAAAAAUGACAUUUUGUAGAAAUGCUUAAUUACAUUAUGCAUAGAAGGGAAAUGUUAAGUUGGGGGAAUGUUGCAUUGAAAUGUUCAUGUCUUAGUGGGAUCAAACAUAGUUAACAAGCAUAUUCAGCAGAUCUAGGCUGGUAUGAACAUUUCACAAUCCUGCAAGUUUUCAACUUUGCCCAGAACCGUUUUGUCUGAGCUAGAGCCCUUCUGCCCAGUAAUGAUCAGUUUAUGAAUUUGGCCUAAAUACAUUGAACACUGCCCUAAACCACAGUAAGAGCAUCUAGCAUAUUUGACAGUUUUUGCUGGUUGCUGCCCUGAUGUUUGUUUAUAAAAACAAAGUUGUCAUUGGUGUAAUUUGGGUUGAACCGUGGAAAAAUCCUUACAGUUUUGUGUCGGUGCUGAUUUCAGUGGUCAUUUAGGAACUUAGUUUUAGUAUCAGAUUUAAAAUGCUUAAAAAAGAAGCCCUGAUUGAAUACAAGAGCAGUUAGUGCAGCUGGUUAGGGAAAUUGGGGGGGGGACUAGUGCAUAGUGACUACUGUCAUUUCAAAGUGUACGUUUCCUUCUGAUCUGUUUGAAUAAACUUGUAUUUUAUUUAGAAGGUUAUACAUGCCAUA